AUGACAUUACCUCCUUACCCCAUUCACCUCGGUUCCACGCAGCCAACAGCAUCAUACGGACGUUUACAAAAUUACCAAACUGGGAAUGCACCCACUGUCGCUCAGCAUGCCCAGCCAUCAGAUGAACAUGCUUAUGCAAAGGGUGUCAAUAAAUGCAUUCCCGGAAUUAGAUUCUCCAAUUCUUCGCCCAAACUCGGAUGA